CAUUACGGCGCAGUGCUCGACUCUGCGAGCAUCCUCUCACGGGACCUCCACCUCUUUUCCUCCCACUUUUCCUCUAACGCCAGAUGAGAGGAUCUUCCUUAACGCUCAUUUCGAGUUAACAAAAACAAUUUCGCGUUGCGUUAUACUCGAGUCGAAUAUAUUUAUAUAGAAAAUAUUAAGUCUUAUUUUAUUUUCUUCUCAUCCUUACCUUUUUUUUCGAUCUUUUAUAAUUUCUGUGAAAUCAGUAAUAAGGAUUAUAAUUAACUGAUGUUUUGAAUUUUUUUUUAUUGAAACAAGUGCGGAAAUUAGUUUUUUUUUCUGACGAACAGAGUGCUGUGUUUUUGGAUUUAAUUUUUCUUAAUUUGUUGUUUGGUGCUUGGAAGAAAGAGAACUUUUUACUCUCGAGGUGACUAACAAGAAAAUAAUAAUCAUGGAAGGAUUGAGGAAAAUUCGUGUGUUAAAAUCAUAUUUUAUCGUGUGGAUGCUAGCAGUAGUAAUUGCGAGGUGCAGGGCGGCGGGUCACGACAAUUCAGAACUCGAGGCAGCAGGAGACGAGGCGGCAGUAGAUGAUGCGACGGAAGAUUACUGGGCCGGAAGUGGAGCGGGUCCAGAAGAAGAAGAAACGCAUCGAAACGAAUCGAGAGAAGCGUUAACACACGAGGCGAGCGAUCACGAUGCUGUGGUUUAUGUCGGUGAGGGGGCACAAUAUGUACCAGUGCCUUCAUUGAAGAGCAGACCUUUGAGCCCCAAUUUACAGGCUCUUCAAACACUACAAGGUCUCCAGGGUCUCGCAGGUGGUGGCGUCGGAGGAACAGGACUCGCAUCCGACGAGGAAUGGAGAAGACAUCCGGAAUCUUGGGAUCGCGAACACAGAAGAUAUAGGCCUAAUACCACCAGAGUGCAACAUAUCGAGGCGGAAUGUCAAGACGAUUACAUGAAGAUCCGAAUUGGCUUUAAUGGCUCGUUCGCCGGACUUCUCUACUCUGCAGGUUAUUCAUAUGAUCCAGACUGCAUGUACGUUAACGGAACUGGUCGUGAUUACUACGAAUUUUACAUUCAACUAAAUCGAUGCGGCACUCUCGGUGAGAAUACACAUCAUCAGGACAGUAGGAAAAAUCCCACGAAAAAUUUAAUGUGGAAUACCGUAACUGUACAAUACAAUCCACUCAUUGAAGAGGAGUUCGAUGAACAUUUCAAGGUCACCUGCGAAUACGGCUACGACUUCUGGAAAACUGUCACGUUUCCAUUUCUCGAUGUCGAAGUUGCCACGGGAAAUCCUGUAGUCUUUACUCUUCAGCCGCCUGAAUGCUACAUGGAAAUUAGAUAUGGAUAUGGAGUAACAGGUACGCGAGUUGCUGGACCAGUUAGAGUUGGAGAUCCAUUAACUCUCAUCAUCUAUAUGCGUAGCAAAUACGCAGAUGGUUUUGACAUUGUUGUCAACGAUUGUUUCGCGCACAACGGCGGCAACAAGAGAAUUCAAUUGAUCGAUCAAUACGGAUGUCCAGUUGAUGACAAGUUAAUAAGCAGGUUUCGUGGUUCCUGGUCGGAGAGUGGACUUUUUGAGACACAAGUUUUUGCCUAUAUGAAAACCUUCAGGUUCACGGGUUCUCCGGCCCUCUACAUUGAAUGUGAUGUGCGGAUGUGCCACGGACGAUGUCCGAGCCAACCGUGUCAUUGGAGAAACGCAAAGAAUGUUGCUAAAAGAUCGCUGACAGAUCUGAUUGGUGGUCCAUCGACACCAGCAACGAGCUUAUCAGAAAACGUGAAUCUCUUCCAGUCUCUUCGUGUUUUACAAGAAGGAGAAGUUGACACUGAAUUCUUCCAAAAUUCGACGUCCACCGUUCGUUCUGGUGACAGAGUCUGCUUAAGGCCGAGUGUAAUUAGCACAGUGGUGGGUCUUGGAUGUGGUUUGCUCUGCAUAAUGGCAGGAACUCUAAUGGCCAUGUGUUCGCGAAUGCGACGUGUCGCACGUGACAAAUUUCUCACUGAAAGUUUAAGUUAUAUGACACAUAAGGGUAGAAUCAAUUAAAAAAACAAAAAAAAAACGAAACGAAAAAAAAAACACUUUAGCAAUA